AGAUGUGAAGUAAAGUCAGACGUGUAUUACUCCUGAAACAGGAAGUGUCAUUCGAACAAGCUGAAACAUGAGAAGUUCUACGUUCCAUUGCUUGAUCACGUUUUUAUUGUUAGAGACGGUCUACUAAUGAGUUUAAAGGAGGAUGUCAUCCGACUUAACGUUAGACUUCGAUCCUCGUCCACAGUUUCCUGUGAUGGAGACGGGCAGCAUCUCUUUCGACCAGGGGAGAGAAUGGGACAUAAGCCUGUUUGAUGAACUAGAACAGCUUGGAGAUGCAGACGAGCUGCUUGAGGCCCUGGAGAAUGCUGCAUAUACAAACGUGGGGCCAGACCUGGACUUUGAUAUCGACAUACCGCUGUGGUAUGAAGUGGAAACAAGCAGCACCUGCACAGAUGGUGAGGUGAGCGUGGACUCUCUGUCACCUGCUCACACUCUGAGCUCUGUCCCCUCUUCUUCCUCUGUGGAAGCACUGUCCCCGUACUCCUUGAUCGAUGAGGCCCUGUCUCCACAGUCACAGCUCUCUCCUGUUUCAGUCUGCUCAGAGUCCAGUGGUAUUUCUGUAAACGCUCCCCCAGCUAAAAAAGCUCCAAAGAGGACCAGCCAGACCACACGAGCCAAACAAGCUCAGCCAACCAAAAGGCAGAUUCAGAUUGGCCCGAAGGUUUCCAUCCAGCCAAAACCGCUGAUUACAGCUGUGCCGCUGGCUCAUGCAGCAGCUCCCCUGCAGGCCAAGACAAUCAUCAUCCAGCCCCUGCAGACCACCGCGCUGCCUCUGGUCAAACCAACUCCCAUCAACAUCCAACCAGCACCCCCUGCAGGACGUCCCAUAGUGCUGUCUCAGCCCAGCCAGGUGCUGCAGAUCCAGACACCACAGACCAUCACAAGCAAUGUGGUCACCUUGCCAAUGCUCAGCCAGGAGAGUCAGGUCUCUGUUGCUGCUCCUUCAGUGGUCUCUCUCACUCUUCGAUCCCCCUCCUCGGAUGAUGACUCAAAGAUGUCACAGAGGCAGCAGCGCAUGAUAAAGAACCGCGAGUCGGCCUCCCUGUCUCGGAAGAAGAAAAAAGAGUAUAUGCUCUCUCUGGAAGCUCGCCUGAAGCUGGCAUUGUCGGAGAAUGAGGCGCUCAAGUCUGAGAAUGGCAGCCUCAAGAGGCAGCUGGAGGGCAUGAUGACUGAAAACAAGGUUCUAAAUGUAACGGCCCCCAAGAGGAGAGCUGUGUGUCUCAUGGUGGUGUUGGUGUUUGUAGCGCUUAACGUCGGACCAAUGAGUCUGUUUCAGGGUGGAUCAAAACCUGAAGUCUAUACAGGGCAACACAGCGGCAGACACCUGUUGGAUUUCUCCUCAGAAGACCAAACUGAGAUUGUGAUGGGCCCUGAUUCCCUCCGCAGUGGCCCCUCUGAGGUCGCAGACAGCUCUGAGGACAAAGCACUGAUGGUGGUGAAAGAUCCCAUCUUCCUUCGACCACCUCCCUCCUGCCAGCCUCCUGUUAACAGGACCAAGUGCUUAGAGUUGGCGCACGAGUUGAGGGGUUGGGUCCACCGUCAUGAAGUGCAGCUGACCAAAACCAGGCGCAUGAGUAACAGCAACCACAAACCCACCAGGACCAUUCUGAAAACAGAGAAUAAGGAGGCUCAGAGUGCACAGAUUGCGACGGUCCAAUACACAGAAACUACAGAAGAAAAGAAUCCUGGCAAUGAGCUGCAGGUGUACUACGCACCUCAUCACACCUACAGCAACCUCUUUGAUGAGAUCAAUCGUCGUGGUGACACUUUUUACGUUGUGUCUUUCCGCAGGGACCAUCUCCUACUUCCUGCCACCAGCCACAACAAGGGAAGUCGACCUAAGAUGUCUGUGGUGUUGCCAGCUAUGAACAUAAACGACAGCAUCAUAAGAGACAAAGACUACGAGGUGAUGAUGCAGAUUGACUGUGAAGUAACGGACACCAGGAUCCUCCACAUCAGGUCCGCCAGUAUCCCGCCUUUGCUGAGGGUCAACCACACAGACACUUUUUACCAGCACUCUCCCACUGACAACCAGGCCGCGCCUCCUGUCGGUGUGCUAAUGGGGUCUGCUUAAGAUCAACAGCAGCUCCAGGACUCUCUAUAACUCCUCAGUAAAAACUCAUGAAGACAAACAGAACACAAGGCCUCAGUUAAUUUGUUUUAGUGUGUGUGUGUGUGUGUGUGUGUGUGUGUGUGUGUGUGUGUGUGUGUGUGUGUGUGUGUGUGUGUGUGUGUGUGUGUGUGUGUGUGUGUGUGUGUGUGUGUGUGUGUGUGUGUGUGUGUGUGUGUGUGUGUGUGUGAGUUUUAAAUUUGGUGUACUACCACUGACUGUCUGAUUGUGAUUAAGAUUUGAAUGAAAUCCAGUCAUUUAAAAUACAAAGGUAACUCAAAUUGUCAGCACUAGUCAGCCACAUUCCUUAUUAGGGGCUAAUAUCCGGAGGUAUUCUGUAAUAGGGUCCGAGCAGAUGCUAGCUCCUUGUGUGGCAACAUUGACUUCUCCCUGUAACCCCAGACAGCCUACACAAGGGUAAUUGCUUAGCGGCAGGGUGCCGAGCAUUGAACCCUGAGUCACCCCUUCAUAACACAAAUACUUUAACCCAAGAGCAGUUCUUCUCAAGACUGCUCUUUCUUUUGGGGUUUUUUUAUUUCAGGACAAGCUGCAGAGCUAGAGGAGAGCUGAAAAUUCAUAUUCAACUUAGGUUAUUCUCAUGGAGAACUACUAAAGUCAGAAUGACUUGUUUGUGAUAUCAGUUUGUAGAAGCACAACAGAGUCUGUGGUCGAAUCUUAGCUAGAUGUUGGAGUCACAAUCUCUCAGUUUUUUGCCUCUCUAAAUUAAGCAAAUUGGAUUGGUGGCAUAGUAUGUCAGGUAGAUCAAGUGGUGUUUGCUUAUCUCAGGAAAUCAGGUGAUCUAUGGAGGCUAGCAGGCUUACCACUAUGUUGCUGGUUGGUUUCCCAAAUUUCAGGUAAUGAGUUUUUAGUAUUGUAUGAUGAAGGAUUUCUCUUUUCAUUUUUCGGGGGUCUUUGCACUGUGCAAGUUAAAAAUAAUCACUUACCCUACUUAUUUAUUUGUUAUAUGUAACAGCAAUGCCAACGUCUGUGGUUUGAGGCAGUACUCUAUUUCUAUUUUAAUAUUGCUUCAGUUUAAAUCUGCUGUCUUUGCUCUAUCUGGCUCGGUUGUAACUUUCUAAUGGACCAGAGAAACUUAAAAGACAUACUGGAUAGAGCCUCCCUUGAAAUUUUGAAUGGCCACCCCAGGUGCCUUUCCCCCAAAAUUCUAAACUGUGAUUGGAUGUUUGCCUUGUUAUAGCGGGGACUUGUUGUUGCAGCAGGCUGUGAGUACUUUUCUUUGCAUUUAAAUGUUGCUAAUUUUCUUGUUUUUUGGUACUUUAAAUUUCAGGAAAAUUACCUUGUGCAUCGACUUUGUCAGAUGUGCAGAAGAAUCAGUUCAUCAAAAAAUACAAGCAAACUCUUGUACACUGUCCGUUAGAAGAAUCCUAAUUUGCAACGUUCUGAUAGUGUUGGAAUGUUGCCUUUUUUAAAGUUUUUAAAAUUGCUACUUUUGCUUUCUAUGUGUGUAAAAUUAAUCUAUUGAAAAACAUAAGACUUUUUAGAUGUUGCUACUCGGUUACUUUUUGAGGUGUCAAAUGUAUACACAGGAAUACAACAUCUGCACGAUACUUUAAUGUUAGUAAUCAAGGUAGAUAUGAUUAGUGGACUGCAUAAGUCCGUGCUCCAGCUUGGCCACCCCAGCCAAAAAUGUCUUGACACACCCCUGGAUGAAUAGCAACUAAUGUUGGAAAUGGUAGUGCUGCGAGGUCUCUUUGGUGUUGAGGUUUUUUGGACAUCUAUGGGUUUACUGUCCCCAGAAAAUAUAUCCUCUAACCCUUUUUGACAGCUGAUCCAAUAAGGUUAACAUUUAACAUGUCACCACUUUUCAAAUGCAAAUUUGGAAUCCUGACCUCUCCGUCCAUCAGCUGUAUUGCACUUGUGUUAGGUGCACUGAAGCCUGUAUUGAACAAUAAUUAUUUGUCUAAAGUUGCACUAUAAAUUUAGAAUCUAUGGGGGGUCAUAUCUGGCUUUGAUUGCUUCAUGUUGACAUGUCAGUAACAGUGUGGGCUACUUGCAAUUGGGAGUGAAGUCUGUAUAACAUAAAUUAUAUAUCAUCAGAAUUAGUAACAUAAUGCUGAUAUAGACAAUAAUUGUUUUGACUGUAUCCAUACAAAUCUUUCUGAAAUGACAUGUCACUUGCCUGGGUUUUGUCAAGCGAUGCUGUCCUUGUGUGUCUUUUUCUCUCCUUCAAGUUUUAAAGAAUAUAUUCUAUCCUCCACGUUGUUUUCACUGCCUCCAAACAGUACUUAGAAACCAAGUUGUUGUGAGGUUAUUUUUAUUUUGUAUUUUAUUACACCAAAAUAAACACUGGAUUUUGCCUAAUACUA